UACGCAGCGCCGCCUCAGUGAAACUUAGACCGUGGACGAAAACGUUUCGGCACCGAUCAGGUUGAUUUUAGAUCGAGUGGCGAAUAGGUGUAAAAAGAUUUUUCUGGGACGCAGCCGCGUACGCGCGUGAAAGUGUGUAUGCAACGCGAGCCGCGCGAACCAAGAAAAGGUGCGAACUAUGUUUCCUCGCAGUCAGUGCAGGAAACUCCGAUCAAGCAAAAUGUUAAAGAAAUAAUCGUGUCGCGCAAGUGUCUCUCGCUGGUAGAGAAGACAGACGACCGUGUGCUUGAAUUUUAUUUCUCUCUUCUCCUCUAUUCAACCCCCUUUCCUCUCCUUCUUCUCUUUGUGUCCUUCCCCCCUCCCGCGGGCGCUCCUCUCUGGGUCCGUUCGUCGCACCGGGACGACGUUUACCGUGCGUCACGGGAAACGGCAUUGGGAGGAGACAGAAGGUGACAGCCCUCCCGCGGAAUUUAUGGUGCGCACCGGAGAAACGGUGAAGUGAGUGGUGUUGACGAGUGAAGUGAGUGUGUAACGGCACUAACAGUGCUAGACCGGUGACAAAUUUCGGGGGCUCCCCAUAAUUUCGGCCAAUAUAGGUAGAAAGAGGGAAAAAAUGCCGGGCCUAAUCGCCGUAAGUGAGUUCGUCGAGGAGACGAGGGAGGAUUACAAUUCGCCUACGACAUCCACCUUCGUCUCGCGGAUGCCACAAUGCAGACAGACAAUCACAUCCCUCGAGGAGACGCUGGACUUCGACAGAGAUGGUCUGACGAAGCUGAAGAAAGCGAUCAAAGCCAUCCAUAACUCUGGAAACGCUCAUGUCGAUAACGAAGUGUACCUUGGAAGGGCUCUGGAAAGGCUCGGCGAUGCAGCCUUGAAAGAACAGGAACCGGAUAUCGGUGCUGCUUUCUUAAAGUUCGCCGUCGUCACGAAGGAAUUGAGCGCUCUCAUGAAAACUCUGAUGCAGAACAUCAACAACAUCGUGAUGUUUCCCCUGGACUCGGUGCUGAAGGGUGAUCUGCGAGGCGUGAAAGGCGACUUGAAAAGGCCGUUCGAAAAGGCGUGGAAAGAUUACGAGGCUAAAUAUGCGAAAAUCGAGAAGGAAAAGAAGCAGCACGCGAAAGAGGCUGGCCUCAUUCGAACGGAAGUGACGCCGGCCGAGAUCGCCGACGAGAUGGAGAAGGAGAGAAGAUUGUUUCAAUUGCAAAUGUGCGAGUAUCUUAUAAAAGUGAACGAGAUCAAAACGAAGAAAGGGAUUGAACUGCUUCAGCAUCUAGUCGAAUAUUAUCAUGCACAAACAAAUUACUUUCAAGACGGCCUAAAAACCAUCGAACACUUUGGCUCGUACGUGGCGGACCUGAGCGUGAAAUUGCAAAAGAUCAGGCAGACGCAAGACGAGGAGAGAAGGCGACUAACAGAACUGAGGAAUCUGCUUAGAAGUUCAGGUUGCGACAAAGAGUUAAAUGUAAACGCAAAUGCAGGAUAUUCGCUUCACCAGCUGCAAGGAGAUAAGCAACACGGCGUUACCAGGUCCGGGCAUCUUCUAAAGAAAAGCGAAGGAAAAAUGAGGAGAGUUUGGCAAAAGAGACGUUGCGCGGUUCAAGCCGAAGGCUAUCUAGAUAUCUGUCACGCGGACGAGAAUAAACCACCAACGAGAGUGAAUUUAUUAACAUGUCAAAUCAAGCUAGUACCGGAUGACAAACGGGGUUUCGAUCUCAUUAGUUACAACAGGACGUAUCACUUUCAAGCGGAAGAUGAAGCAGACCAGAGAGCGUGGAUGUCCGUUUUGGUAAACUGCAAGGAACGUGCCCUGCUUCGAGCAUUCGACGCCAGUGGCAAGGCAGAGGCUGGCACAGGAAAUCCAAGUUUAGUCGAACUUCAACAGGCUGUAAUACGAUGUGUCAUGAGGUUACCUGGAAACGAUCAAUGCUGCGACUGUUCAUCGCAAAAUGAUGCUACAUGGCUCUCUACAAAUUUUGGCAUAAUCGUAUGCAUAGAAUGUAGUGGAAUUCACCGGGACUUAGGAGUGCACAUAUCCAGAAUACAGUCCUUAACGUUAGAUAACGUUGGUACUGCUCAGUUACUUCUUGCACGGCACAUGACCAAUCAGGCGUUUAACGAAGUGAUGGAGGCUACAUUGCAUCAUAAUCACAAGCCAACGCCAACUUCAACGAUGGAAGAAAGAUACGAAUUUAUAAGAGCCAAGUAUGUGGAUAAGAGAUACGUAAUGAACACUUGCGCAGAUGAACGAGAUCUUCUUUCUGAUUUGGAACACGCUGUUAAUAAUCGCGACCUGCAACAACUUUUACAAGUCUAUGCUGAAAAUGUGGAUUUAGCAGCACCCUUGCCUACCUCGGAUCUGGGCGAGACGGCUUUACAUUUAGCGAUUCUACGCGAAAUGGGAAACAGUUUGCAUAUUAUAGAUUUCCUAGUGCAGAACAUGUCGACGGGUGGUAUAGAUAGGACUACGAUCGACGGAGAAACAGCGUUACAUCUUUGUGCACGACACGACAGAGCAGAGGCAAUGAAGCUGUUACUACGGGCAGGCGCUGAUCCAACACACCGAAAUAAACAGGAUAAAACCCCGCUUGACAUUGCUCAGGAAAUGGGACACCACACAUGUAAAGAACUGUUGAGUCAUGCUCUACAAAGACAGAAAACAUUGUUUGAUAAUGUUAACAUCGAUUGGAAUCUUUCGCACGACGAAGGAUCUACUGAUCUUUCUGACGAUGAAACGAUAAUAGAAGACAGGAAUGGCUGUCUAACACCUGAAAAGAAGUCUCGCAGUAGGCCGCCUUCUUACGUAGGUGGUGGUGGUAGUGGUGGUGGUACCGGAUCGGGAGAUUCACCAGUGACUUUACGUAGUCGAAGUAGCACUUGCGACAGCCUGCAAAGCGGUUCUUCCCCAAGUUCCUCGACGAAUAGGCAACAAAUGCCCCCACCACCACCACCUCAAUCGAGGAAACCUGUUGUUGUACCUGCUCCCAUGGCUCCAGAUAUUUCGGUCAAUAUUCAUGGAUCACUGAAGAAGCGUGUAGCGCCGCCGCCACCACCGGCCGGAAGUACAGGUGGUAUACCUUCCUCUCAUUACGGUACACUACCUUCGUCCGCGUCUUUAGCAGCGUCAACGCAUAGCCGUACAACGAGCGAACCGAUCUUAGCUGGGCAUUCUUUACAUACUCUACCACAUGCGUUAAAUACAUUAAACAGUCAGCAUCAUAAAAGAUCGCCCAGUGGAGAUUCUUCAACGGGACACGGUGCGUUUGAAUAUUCACGCAAACUCCUCUACGAACUGCCGUCUAGUUCGGGUGCGGACAAAGUAAACAGCUCGACGCUCCAGAGGCCGAGGAAUCCUCCACCUCCAGCCCCAUCCGGUAUCAAUUCGUCGAGAUUGAGCAACGGACGUAGCAGCGAAUCGUUAAGCUCUAUGUGUUCGGAUCAUGGUUUGGGUAAUCCCAUUCCGCCUCCACGCAAGCGAAAGGACCGGGCCAGGCUAGAGAGCUACGCUGAGGAGCCUUCAUCUUUGCUCCCAAAUCUGAAUCUGCCAACUUCGUCGACCCUAAGCGGUCUGCGACGCUGUCGAGCCUUGUACGACUGCGAAGCGGACAACGAGGACGAAUUAUCGUUCCGUGAAGGCGAGGUGAUCAUCGUGACGAAUGAGCAAACCGACGACGACAACUGGAUGGAAGGUGCCCUCGAAAGAGCGCCUGAAAGAAGGGGAAUGUUCCCGAUCAGUUUCGUGCACAUGCUACAAGAUUAACAUUCGGUAAGCCUGAACUCGUUGGCAAGUGUCUCCAGUACUGCCAGCUCCGUGAGCGUUGCUAGUCUCGGCAGAAGGUCUUGGUUGAGAAAACCAAAGGAUUGAAGAUGAAGGCGUUUGUUUGGCGAUUGUUUAAAAAUCGUCGAUUUCACGAUGUCCAUUCUUUUGGCACUUCUUCUCUAUGUUUCUACAACACACUUGUAGGCCUCGAACUUUUGUACACGAAGUUAUUAUCGUUCGAACUAAACACGCGAGUGUAGAAAGUGCUUCGGAAAUAGGUAGCUUUAGUGCGGAUUCUAACCUCCUUAAGAAUAAACAUAACCAUAACCUAACUUUAAGAAUGAAAGAAGAUCACUCGAAUAUAAAUCUAGGAACUCUUCCUUUCUGCAAUAUAAAUGAUUACCGUCUGCAACAAUACACGCAUCGCACCGACGUUUUCAGAGACAUGCAAAAAUUCCAGGUGUAUUCUAAAUUUUUUCAUGCGUAGAAAUAAUCCAGAUUUUUAGUAUUACCACGCUAUCAAUAGUAUUACUAUCUUUCUCCCCAUUUCUGAAGCACCAUGUAUACUAUGAACUCGUUCGAUCUGUUCGACCCGAACAAGAUUCGGUAUCCUAACUGCGUUUCCACUUGGGCAAACAUACAUGGUCGAGUACGUACCUUUGUCACAAAUAGUAAUUCGCUCGAACGUAGAAACGUGCUUAAGAAGGUAAAUCAUAGCCACGCUAUGUACUAAUGUGGAACGAAUCAAAUUAAUUCACUGUAUCGCUUGGUUCCACUGGGAUAAGUUGGACAUGUCGGAGCUGUUUCUGGUUCAGUUUUUGGAGGUUACGUGGAAUUUGAAAUAGUUUCUUAGCUUGUAGAUGACAAUCAGCUUGAAAUUACUCCGUAGACACAUAUUGAUUUUCUGAAAUGGAGAUUUUAACAUUUGAAUAAUGUAGAAAACAGGAAAAUAAACGAAGAAACUUUUUUAAAGAUGCUUGUCUACGUCUGAGAGGAGGGGUAGAGUUUGAUGACUCUUAUGGAAAGAAAUAUCGUUUGAUUAGGAGAAGAGCAAUUUGAAAAAGAUGGGGUUUGUCUUCGAGAGUGAUUUAGAAACAUCACGGAGAGUAGCUGCUAUAGCCUGAACAAAAUCAAUUGGCUUUUUCAAAGCCACCGAGAGAAAACCCCGCCAUUUAGCCGUUACGCAAAUUGACUCAGGAAAAGUAAUCUGCAAAUGUCCAUUCAAUUUUAAUCAUAUUGUAUUUAAAAACAGCAGAAACGCGUAGUAAAGCUGCAGAAAAGGUAUAAAAUGGUAAAAGAAUUAUUUAAAGAAAUUAUUUUAUAAAGUGAAACGCAUUAAAAGAAAAGCUUGAACAAGAUUGAAGCUAUAAAGAAAGUUGGUAUAGUGAAAGUUUAUGCUAGUAGUAUAGUUAACUUAAGGUAUUUAAUGUAAUUAUGGUAAGGAUGAUAUAUUGGAAUAAAAUUAUAAUUGGUAUGUAUAGAAGAAGAAAAGUAUAUUAGAGUUGUAUUUUUUUUAAUAAUCUUAUUGCAAUUGGGUUAAAAAAGAUUUUAGAAAUCCAAUUGACAUUGUUCAGACUAUUAGCCUCGAUACUUCAUGUGCUGUAUCAAAACGUGCCUACUCGAGUCGGAUAUUCAAGCGUGAAAGAAACGUGUCUUUGACGAUUCUACAAUUUUAGAAAUGCAAAGAAUUUCGAUAAAGGAAAUGCAUUCAGUGCCAGAAGAACAAGAACGUAACAUGACUAUUGAUUGUUUCGAGCAAGACGUCGAAAUCGAAGACUGGAUCGAUUCGCGGUUCUGAAGACCGACGGUAAACAAACAUAAAAUGUGAUAUAAGAUAUAUUUCAGUAUAAAUUAUUAGUAUUACGAAUCGGAUUUAGCGAACAAAAUAAAAAUUCGAUACACUAAUAAAAUGGCGCUGUCGUGCGUGCGAAUCAAGGCAGAGCGCUGCGAUCGGCAAGUCCAUCGUAAAUUACAUUAAUUCGUUCGUCGUAACUGAUUAGAACUAAGCGGAUACCGGUUUAUCUUGCUGCUAAUUAUUAUCGAUUGUAUUAUGUAAAACCAGCAGGUAUAUUCGAUCGGAAUAAAAGGUAGACUGCGGAUGUUUGUGCAAUUUUGUAUCUUUAUGGACAGUUUUGAUAUUUCUGCAGCCCUCACAAACAAAAGUGUUGUAAAAUGGGAAAUGAACAUUCCUCGUCAUCGCCCUCCCUCUAAUCUUUUCAUCUGCACUCUGGAAUCUUAAAUUUCCCAAAAACGAGUAAACGUCCGCAGUCUGGAGUCACGUUCGGUAAAUGUGCACAAUUUCGUCUAUACAGAGUCAAACGUAAAAAAACGAAAAAAAAAUAAGUGUAUGCGUGCGUGCGUGCGUGCAUGUGUGUAUGCGUACAAUCAUAAGGAGAACAAAAGCAGAAGAGAAAAUACAGAGUUUGAUCUGUUACCUGUUGCAUGUCUUAAAUAUCUGGCGCACAUUUCUACUCUGUACUGCCAAUGCUGAGUAUACUCUAUUAUACAGUCGCGUUUCAGGCUAGUGAAACGAAAAGGAAAAUCAUAGAAAAAAUUUCCGUGAAAUAGACGCAACGAGUGGUGUUAUAAAAGAUAUAAUAUAAACUUAGGAUGUCAAAAAGAAAAAGGAAAAAAAAGAGAGGCGUUCAUCUCCAUAAGGAAAGAAACGAUGUGACAUUAAAAUAUUGCAUGACACCGAUAGUAUUAUUAGCGUAUUCGACUCUUAAGAAUCACGUGGUUACGAGCGUAUGUACAUUUUUGUAAUGCCAUAUUAUUUGUUAGUAAAUAUAUAUAAUUAUAUAUAUAUAUAUAUAUAUAUAUACGUAUAUAUAUAUGUAUAUAUAUAUAUUGUGAAAUAGAAUUAUGAAAUUAGAGAUUUAUUAGUCAUUAAGUAUAUAUAGUAUAAAUAUAUAUAUAUAUAUAUAUAAUGAGAUGAAAAGGAGGAGCAUAAAAGAAAGGACAGAGUAAUGAAGCCAAGCAUGUGCUGCGAUUUAAUCGAGAUUUAUGCGCCAGAAGCAAAUUGAAAUUUUGAUUUGUUACAUAUUUUUGCUUGAAACACUCUGAGACACAUACGAGACCAAAGAAAACAUUUUCUCGCGAGCGAGAGGGGAACCGUUGACGCUGUCUAGCUCAAUCUUGCGUUAAAGUGGGCUGUAAUUUUCUUUCCUUUUUUUCUUUUUUUCCAAGCAACUGUAAACUUUUACUAUCCACUUUACUUCCAACACUGAACCGUCUGUGCUCGCCUUUUAUUCUCUCUCUCUCUCUCUCUCUCUCCUUCCUCUCUCUUUUUGUAUUUAAAAUGUUUAACCGGGAAACGUCACCAAAUAAAUAUAUAUAAUUAUACACGUAUGUUAUGUGAAUGAUGUACUAUUUAUGGAUUCUGUACUCGUAUCGGUUCAAACGAAAAGGAACCACGAAGAAGCCGCAAAGCGUGAAAUCAACGAUCGAUAAGGGGCUGUGGUCCGUUGCCUAGUCGAAAUCGGGAUAUUAUUUAUGUUUCUUUUUUUCUUUUCCUCCUUCGAUACCGAGACUUUUGCUUUGUAUUGAAAUUCAAAUUCGAAUGUAUUUGUGAUCGUCCGUACAUGUUUACAAUUAUUUCACGAAUCGAAGAUAUACAAUGUUAAUAAUACAUAAUAAAACAAAAUAUAAUUUUAAAUAGCGGAAUGGCAAUGACAUUAUUUUUUACGAAGUAUUCUCGAAUUUAUAUUGUUUCUAAUAUUACUUUUUGGAUUGAUAUUCGCUUAUAUAAAAAUGUGAAAUUAAUAACUCAGUAUAAUCCAUCAGUUUUUAUAUAAAUUCUUUUACGAAAGAAUUUAGAAAUUAAUCAAAACAAAAUAUAUAUAUAUAUAUAAUAAUAAUUAUAAUAAGAUAAAAAGUAAGGUUAAUCUAAAAGGAUGAAUAAAUUAUUUGGAAAUUCACCUGAAAAAUAAAAAAAAUUAAAUUACUUCAAACAUGUUAUUCUUUGCUAUUAUAAACUACAAAGUAGAGUACUCGGAAUGAUAUUAUUUUCUAUAUAUAAUUAUAUGCUAGGCUCGCAACGUUUUACUGUUUCACUUGAUCAAAACGGACGAAAGUUUUAUAUGUAUGUAUAAACAGCUCCUGUUAAGUAGCUAAACAAUACUUCGUUAAUUAAUAAACUUAAUUAAUGCGCUGUUUUUGUGAGAGUAUUACGAAAAUGACGAUCAACGUGUUUCCAAUAAACCCAUGAAACUACCUUGUAAAAAAUGUCAUCGCUUCUUCACUUAAUCUUUUUCCAAACAUUGUAUAUGAUAAACAAUAAAUAUUUAUAAGAAAUAUAAACAAUAGGUCAUCGCUUAUGAGUUAUUCAGCGGAUAAUUCAAAGUGAUACUUGCUAAACGAAAAUGAAAAAUUUUGUCACUAUCUUGCGUUUGCAUCGAUGAUACUUUCAGAAAAUAUACGCUCUCGAUGAGAGUGGCAAACAAAAGAUCUUUUGAAAAACAGGGUUAGACACAACAAGUUUCAAGUCAUGUCGCUGUGUAAUGCCAAUCUAUAAUAAAAGAAUAAAAGUAAAAGAAGUGAAGAAAACAAUCUAAUCUACAGACUACAGAUUUUUAUGCAAUAUUUUGAGAAUACCAUUAAAGAAAUAGAAACUUGUUACAAUAUUAGUAAGAAAGUAGAAAAUUGUUUUACAUACCUACCAAGUGUUAUAUAGAAAGCAUUGUAUGUCAUGCAUAAGUAUUUGGACACCUUGAUGUAACCCAAUCAAGGCACUGAUGCAUAUUUUUAUUAUAUUUUCAACAUUAUGAUACGAGAAUCCUGUACUUCUUCCUGUAAAUGAGAUCAAAUGUUCUGAUAAAUUGAAACUGACAUAAGGAAUAUGCUUACAUCAAUUAAAGUCCAUAUUUAUCUCUGAUAAGUAGCUGAUGCUACAUAAAAUCUGUAUGAACCUAUAAGUGUAGUUGUAAACGCAUAUUCAACUUAUUCUAAAAUCUCAACACUGAUAAUGUGGAUAUACUGAAGUAGUAAUACGUAAGUCAUGUAAGUUAGGUGUUUCCAUAGAAACAAUUUUCAUCCAACUCCAAUUUUUCAUAUUUAUUAACUAUUGUUUUGAACAACAUCCACUAACUGUUAUGUGUAUCUUUGUGCAAUUCUGCACUUUUAAAUUUCCACCAUAAAUGCAUAAGAAUCUGCAGUCUACUAAUCCGUUUAGCAUUAAGCUGCCUUUGAACUGUGUUUACAACAUCCUCGCAAUUUUUGACGCGUCUAAACGAGACACGAUUUGUUCAUAUAUGCUGACAAAAUGCUGAGGAUCAUGCCGUUGGUCGAUGUAAAUAUGUGUAUAGAGCAAGUGAGCGAUCGAGGAAUGAAAGAGUCGAUGUUUGUACUAUUUAAGCAUACGAUAAAUGAUAACGUAACGUCUUAAGCAUGUAUUAUAUGGAUAUAUUUAAUGAAAACGGUGAAUGACUCCUGUUCCUUGCAUAAAACUUCUGCUGUAGAUUAUACACCAUGAUUAAUGUUAAGAGCAAGAUGUUUAUUUAAGAUAAAUAACACGUAUGGAGAAAUUACAUGAUUUUAACGUAUUCAAAUAUGUUAUGGAUGACAGGACUUAAGUACUUUCUCUUUGAAAAAGAUAUGAUCUUUUUUCAUUUCAAUACAUUUUCUUUCUCAUCUUCCCUCAAAAUAAUCUUUGAAAGAACUAUCAGAAAAUUACUUAGUGAGAAGAUAAUUUUUUAUAUAAAAGAAAUUAUACUUCUAAAUAAAGUGUCACAUUUAUCAUGUAUUAUAUAUACUACAACAUGUUCUCAAACAAAGAUUCUUGUAGAAUAAAUGUGUUCACAAACUAACAAAGACUACUUGUAAAAUAAUUCAAAGGUAUAUGCAGCAAGUAUUUGUUCAUUUUUCACAUCUAAUAAAUCAAACAUCUAUUAUUCGCUACUACAAAUUGCACGAACAAAAUACUAACUUACUAUUUCAUUAUGAUAGUCAUAAAAUUUCUAGUGUAACGAAACUGUAUUGGUCCAGUCUUCGAGAACAAAAGAAGUCAAUAUAACAUCAAUGCAGAUUCUUAAUGAAGAACAGGAGUCACAAGCGUACCACCUUGUCCUCUGAACUUAUUAUACUUUAUGCAUUUAAAGAAUCGUUAAGUAGGCUAUAAGUAUUUAUUACUAUUUCGUAGUUACUUGUACUAGGUACGAAAAACGCACGUUAACACGUAAUUGUAUUGAAAGGAGAUUUGACGAUAUAAAGUGUUUUACAGAGAGAAUGAAUCUUUUGAGACGAGGCGAUUAUAAAAGGCGUGAAAUAAAUUUCUCGUAUAUUUGGUAAUUUAAAAAAACAGAUGCAAUCUGAAAACGACGCGCUGUUAUAUUAUUAAGUCUACCUACGUGUAUGUACCUAAUAAUGCCCGUGCUACUGAAAAAAAUUUAUGAAAUCUUGUUUAGGUACGGCCUUCGACGAUAUCGAAGCAGGUCUAAAUAUCGAUAUUAUAUGACGGUAAUGUACUAACGUUUACUGUAUCCUUCGUGACUAAAGCGCAGCAGGAUUGUCUUUUGGACAGUUCAAAAACUUUAAAAUGUAUCAGAAAUAAAUAUCAUUUAGAGAACUAUCAUAA